GGUAUUCAAUGAACAGUUAUGAAAUAAACUAAAAAUACAUUCAAAUAAAGGAAGCCUUAGAUCGUUGUCAUUAACAACCAUAUGAUUCUUCACAAGAACAUCGUCUUACCAACAAUGUUAAAUAAUAGUAAUUGAAGAUUCAAAAUACGCAAUGGAUAAUUUACAUGAGAUUGCCAAUGAGGUAGCAAAAUUAGCUCUCCCAUACGAGCCUAAUUUUACACCACUUUUUAUAACAUGAGUUCAGGCUUGCUGGGUUAAGCUUUUUUCGAAAAUUUGAGCCUUUAUUGCUCUUGCGUGCAGACUUCACUUUCUAUUGCGAAGUGGUGCCUGGGCGUAACUAGCCAGCGUACCAUACUUUCCAUCGCGAAGAAACGAAAUAAAUAUUGCAUUUCCCCUUGUUUUCAUAGCUCUUUGCGGCUGUUAGAUCAAUUCGUGUUGCCUUCCCGGUGUCACUAUGGUGUCACUGACCUUUUGUUUACUUUCUUUGAUGUUUAUCACAUGGCAUGGUAACUAAAGCCAUUUUUUAUUCCCAACAUAAACAAUGUUUCAAAGGAUUUAAGUGAUUAACCUAGGAUCAAAAUAUCGCUACUUGGUUUUAGGAAAAAUACAACAGAAGCAAAUCUGAUAUCGUGCAUUUAUAUUUUAUCCAAGAAAUGACAAAAUAAACUAGUUCCGGUUUUCAAUAUUUCUAUGACGUCGGUUUGUCAUGUGACAUAGAUUUUUGUGAGUUGCCAAAAUAAGUAGUGAAUGUUAAGGCCUGUUUAUAUGGAGAAAAUAAUCCUACUUUCCAGCCUGUGAGCUGAGAGGUGAGAUCCUACUAUCCUAUAGGAUCCUUUGUGUUUUUCGUUUUGUGUUUAAAUGGAACACAAGCCACUUUCGGUUGAUCCCACUGCAUUAUAGUGGGAUUUAACUGAGGUGGGAUGAAUUUCUUCCAUAUAAACGCUGGGAGGUGGGAAGGUGAGAGAAUUAGAGAAAACGGCAUAAAAAGAAAGCGAAAAUGAAAAUAUAUUCUGUUGUGACUUUCAUUAUAAUUCAAUAUGCAGUGCUAAACUCUUUGCUCUACUACGUGCAGGGAUCUUCUCUAAUUAUGAACCCUUAUUUAAUUUGACAUCAAUGAGUAAGGUGGUAAUAAUCGAACAUCUUUAAAGAAAUAGCUGUGUUUUGAACGCUUUUCAGAGUGGCUGGUGUAAUGAUUCAAUGUAUUUUCCUCACAAGGUUAUAUUGUAGUUAAAGCUUAAUAACACCCUUUCAACUCCACUUACCCAUUUACUGAUACAUGCGCAUCAUGACUGUGAGUAGGAAUCCUCGAUCUAUAAUCAACAUGGAAACAUUGAUAACUUGAAGAAGGGUGCGAAGUCCUGGUUCAAAACGGUGACAGUGAAAUUUUAUAGCUAGCAAAAAAGGGCACUAACAUUGUAAAAAAGGGUACUCUUCAUGCAUGUUGCUGGUUCUAUUUCAGUGUUUUGCUCUCAACUAAAAGCUCAUUUUAUAUACUCAUAAGUUUCAUCUGACAUCUGGUUUAUUUUUUAUUCAUUAAGUGUUUUAUGGGUAGGUUUGCUUUGUAUGGGUAGGGAGGGGAGAUCUCCCUCGAUUAGAUAACCUAUUUAGAGAGCUCCUACUUAACCAGUCUACCCUAUAUGCAAUCAUUUAAUGUUUUAACUUGUAGUCCUGUAACGCUUGAUGUAGUUUUAAUAUUGCAUUAGCAUUCAUUUGUAUUGUAAGUGCUUAGAAUUGUAUUUAGGGUGGAUUGAUAAUCAAAUGAAACUAGAACUGGUACUUGUCAAGACUUUUUGGGUAUGAUUACCUCCGGUUCUGCCCCCCCCCCCCAACUUUUUGCUAUUCGUAGUCUUAUAAAUUCUUACCCCAAAACUCCAGCAAUGCUACCGAGGUUUCACUGACAAUGAGCUCCAUUUUGAAUUUUUCGAUCAUCUCUGUAAUAUCCAAUUUUUGAAUUUUUAAAUCUUGUUGAUUCAUAUUUUUCAUUCUUAGCGAGUCGCCAAUUUAAUUGAAUUGAUAAUUAACAUUUGAAAUUGAGUUGGAUUACGCACAGGUUGGAGAACUCAUUGCUUUAACCAAUCAUUCGUAAUUAGUUUAUUACUUUAAAUCAUUAUGACGUCAUUAAUCAUAUCUUAUGUUAUCAUCCCCGUACAGCGUUUACUUUCAGUCAUGGAAAAGAAUAUUCGAUUAAAGAUGUCAGAUGGAAAGGAGGUAGCGUUAAGGCAAAUAGGAAAUUAUAAAUUCCUUGGCAGAACGCUUGGAAAGGGGAAUUUUGCAAGGGUAGAGUUAGCUGAACACAAAUUGACAGGAGCAAAGGUUGCUAUAAAGAUAAUCAACCUCAAGACAGUGAAAGAGGAUUAUGUUAAAAGAAACAUCCUUCGCGAAGCCAUUAUCAUGAAGAAGGUUCGGCACGAUAAUGUCAUCAAACUUUAUGAGACACUAAAAUAUGAUACAAUAUAUUGCUUAGUCACAGAGUUGGUCAAAGGAGGAGACUUGCGCACAUAUGUUCAACAGCAGAAGACUAAGAGGCUAAGUGAAAUGAAAGCGAGGUUGUUUUUUCGCCAACUGUUGUCAGCAGUCAAACAUCUUCAUGAAUCCGGAGUAGUCCACAGAGAUUUGAAAAUGGACAACAUCCUUCUUGAUGAAACCAAGACAGUUAUAAAAAUUGUUGAUUUCGGCCUGAGCAAUUUAUUCAAUAAGGGUGAGCUGCUUCGAACACAUUGUGGAUCUCCCGAUUAUGCAGCGCCUGAGCUUUUCGAGAAGGGGUGCUUUUAUGGGCCUUCAGUUGAUGUAUGGAGCAUGGGUGUCGUUCUAUACGCAAUGGUGAUUGGUCACUUGCCGUUUAGCACGAUGUUUUCUGGAUUUGUUGGAAAAGACGAGCUUUAUAAUCACGCAAAAAAGGGACUGACAAUUGCACACGAGAGAUAUCUUGGCAGGAUAUCCCCAGGUUGCAGACACCUAUUAACGAAACUCAUACAACCAGACCCAGCCAAAAGAAUAUCAUUUCAAGAGAUGGUUCACUACUCUUGGGUUACGGAGGACGGGAAGAAUCCACUUGUGAAAAUGCCACCAGUCUUGAUACCAAAAUCAGUUCGAGCAAGGGUGAUAGACCGUGUUGCAGUACUUUGUAGCAAAAGCAUAUCGAAUGCUGAAAUGCACGUACAGACGUCAAGUCAUGAUGCUGUGUGUGCUGUUUACAAUUUACUAUUAGAUGAUGCAAUGAAGAUAUACAAAACCAAAGUCAAAACCCGUGCUAAACAUAGGCCAACUUCCUCUUUAGGCCACCAAAUUUCUGACCGCAAAGAAGAUGGCAGAAUUGUUGAAACUGAAACUCCCAAUACGAGGCUGACCUCGAUAACGGAUGAGGAUAGUGGAAAGAAAUGUGAUUCCAAUCAUAGUUCUCUUUCAAAACGAGGUACUGACGCUCCCCCGGUUGUAGAAGAGGAACCGAUUGAAUAUAGGGGCAAUAGCCCUUCAACAUCGUCAGAAAAGGCAAAAAGUCAGGUUUCUGGUUUGAAAAUUGUCGAAUUUACAGAUGCUUUGAAAUUAGAAGGAAGAGACAAGUCCCCAAUUAUCAGACAGCCCACCCCAGUGAACAGAUACUGGAAAACGUACAAGCCACAAAAUGAAGCUCAUACCCAAAGCGCCCAAUACAAAGAAGUGAAAACUUUUUUGCAAUCAGAGGCUGUUGAAACUAGCAAAAAAGAUGGGCAAGCAAAGGUAACAGAUAUAUCACGCCAAGAAACAAAACAUCAAAUAUUUUGCGGAGGUAUGCCAAACAGUGUAGAGCCGUUUUGCAAAAUCACACGAUUUCCCGAGGAAGACAAAUCCUCGAAAAGACAAAAAGUUGACAGACCGCCUAGCAUUCAUUCGGCUGACCCAAAACAGAUGAUUUUUGCUGCUGGGUUUCGAAUGACGUCAUUAGCUAAAAAAAUUGACGCCAUUUCGUCAAAAAACGUCUCUAGUUCAUUUCAUGGGUGCAGCUCAAAAGCCUCUGCCGGGAAGACUAAAGAAUCGAGAAGUAUCGACAAUGCUUGCAUUACAAAAUAUUCCCGUUCUCAGUCUCCAUCUGUAUCCGGUAGAAGACAGUCUCUGAAGUUAGAUUAUCGAGAAAGGAUGCUUGUGGAGCAUCGUAGGAUGGGAGAUGGCAAGAUGGUGACUUCUUCAAAUGUCUACUCAAAGGCUCGUGCUUCAACAAGUUCCAGUCAGGCUCCAGUAAAAGCUGUAAAUCGAUAUUCGACAAGGAGAUCAAGUUUGCCAUCUAAUAUAUCGAGCAUGAGAAACGAGAAAAGAUUUGGAACCGCAAUGAGUGAACUUAAAAGGCGCAUUUGUGUUGCCCAAAGUAGAAAUAGAACGGAGAAGCCGAUUGAGUGCAAAACAGAGCGAGACAGAAAAACAUCUGAAACAACAAACAAAUGCAUUUCUGAGAAAAAUCACUGUGAUGCAGUAGAUCGUCCUUCGAAUGAAGGUGAGAUUCAAGGAUUCUUAGAGACAUCCAGCUGUUCUGGGAAACAAAAUCUGGUGCCAAAAAACGAAACAACAGUGUUGAAAAAUGGCGCAACUGGAGGUAUUUGCAAAGAAGAUUUUGACAAUAGAAAGGAUAUAAAAGAAACAGAGAGGGUUGUCACACCUCAAUGCCAAAUGGUAUCUUUGUUUGAUGACCCACGAAGAGGUUCUGCUGGAAUUUUGAAAACACCUUCGCGAUGUUCAAGUGCUGAUUUUGAAAGAAGAAAACUAAGAGUGACCUUUGAAGAUCAAGUGUUUGAAAGUCUGCAGAAAGCAAGCGAUGCAUUGAAAACGAAAGGAACAAUUCGAUACCAAGCAAAGACAACAAAGACUGAUUUUUACAAAAUGUCACCUACAAAACCAAAGAAUACGUCAAGGUAGCAACUAACACAUUUGAAUGAUAAAAAUGUUGUAUUUUGGUAAGAUAAUUUAUUGCGUAUUUAACUUUGAUCUAAAGUUUUUCUUAAGUGAAUUUAUCUCAAAUAUCUCUCAUUUAUCUGCAUAGUCCUUUGGCAUGAAAGG